CGCCUCCCAGCGGUCGCUGCGGAGAUCCUCCGUCUUUCACACCGCCGAGGACCGCCCGCACCGCCGCCUUCGUCUCCCCCGAGCUGCCUCCGAAUGAACGCGGGAGCCUCUGCGGGUACCGCUCGGGUUGCGCGCUGGGAGACAGACAAGCAGCGGGGUCUUUUUCGUACCUCUGGCUCUUUUUGUUAAAAUAAAGCGACUUCCGCCGUCGAGGAGACACAAGCUGUCCGUCUAGCGUCGUUACAGCCGGUCUUUGAAAACUUGCGGCUACGUUUUUUUCUUUUUUUAAAGAGGCACAAGGUCCGGGUUUGCAAUUAAAUCAUCUCCACCAGUCCUUUUUUCUGACAGUCGAUCGUGGUGUGUCACUUUGUCGUAAAAACCUUGACCUGUUUUCAUUGACCGGGGAUCGAUCAGCGACUCUCCAGUUGCUGAACACAAUAGCAGAAAACACGGCUGCGGCACCGAGGUAGCAAAGGAGGAGGAAAGCCCCCCCCCUACCCCCCCGCAACUCAAAGAGGAGGACAUGGAGUCCACCAAAGCUGCAGGAGGCGUGAUCGCCUACAUCAGCUCCUCCACCUCCGGCUCCAGCCCCGACUCGUGCCACAGCGACUCCUCCAACGGCAGCUGCCAGUCGACCUCCCCGCCCCGCGCCCCCCCCGCGGCCAACCGCCACCAGCCGAGUCGGCAGGCUGACCCCGCCGCGCUCGCAGGCGGGGGGCAAGUCCUCCCGGGGACCCAGAAAAGCGGGCGCUCGUCCUCCGCCGCAAAAUGUGGCAUCACAAAGAUCAACGGCCUGGUGCUGCUGUGUAAGGUCUGCGGCGACGUGGCCUCUGGUUUCCACUACGGCGUCCACGCCUGCGAGGGCUGCAAGGGCUUCUUCAGGAGGAGCAUCCAGCAGAACAUCCAGUAUAAGAAGUGCCUUAAGAACGAGAGCUGCCCCAUCAUGCGGAUCAACCGGAACCGCUGCCAGCAGUGCCGCUUCAAGAAGUGCCUGCUGGUCGGGAUGUCCAGAGACUCUGUGCGCUUCGGCCGGAUCCCCAAGCGCGAGAAGCAGCGCAUGCUGCUGGAGAUGCAGAGUGCCAUGAACAACAUGAUGAACAGCAGCCAGGCGCUACCCAUCGGCAAACCUCCGCCGCCCAGUGGCGCAGAACCUACCUCGGAGGACGCCGGCCCCGCCCCCUCCGCCUCCUCCGCCAAGGACGCCAGCUCGGCCUCGCCCGGCGCUUCGGACAGCGUGGAGGAGGAGGUGAUCGGCUCGGUGACCCGGGCCCACCAGGAGACCUUCAUGUACAACCAGGAGCGCAGCAGCCUGACCGCCGAAGCCCCGCCUCCCACGGGCCCCCCGAAGAGUGCCCCGGCCGACGGCGCCGCCGCCGCCGACCACCGCGCAGAGGAGCGGCAGGCGGCCUGGAACCACCACGACAUGGUCGCCAUGGCAGCGCAGGAGGCCCCGUCCGGCCUGGACCCCCAGGGCCUGGAUGGCUCCACCACCCAGUGCCCCUUCAGGCUGUCCAGGAGUGGUGCCACCGGCCACUGUCCAGCCUACACUCGUGGCGCCGACCCCUCAGAGGGCCACGCCAUCGCCGCCUACAGCGGGCCCCUGUGGAGAGGAGGCAACAGGAUGCAUCUGGUUUGCCCGAUGAACACCUCCCCUCGCGUGGACCCUCAGAAGUCGGGCCACGAGGUGUGGGAGGAGUUCUCCCACAGCUUCACCCCCGCCGUCAGGGAGGUGGUGGAGUUUGCCAAGAAGAUCCCGGGCUUCAGAGACCUGACUCAGCACGACCAGGUCAGCCUGCUGAAGGCGGGCACCUUCGAGGUGCUGGUGGCUCGCUUUGCGUCCCUCUUCGAUGUGAAGGACCGCGCGGUCACCUUUCUGGGCGGGAAGAAGUACGGCGUGGACACCCUGAGGGCCAUGGGGGCCGGGGACCUGCUCAACUCCAUGUUUGACUUCAGCGAGAAGCUCGUCAACCUGGGCCUCAGCGAAGAGGAGAUGAGCCUCUUCACCGCCGUGGUCCUGGUCUCUGCAGAUCGCUCGGGCAUCGAGAACGUGAACUCGGUGGAGGCGCUGCAGGAGACGCUGAUCCGCGCCCUGCGAAGCCUCAUCACCAAGAACCACCCCAACGAGUCGGCCAUCUUCACCAAGCUGCUGCUCAAGCUGCCCGACCUGCGCUCGCUCAACAACAUGCACUCCGAGGAGCUGCUGGCCUUCAAGGUCCAUUCCUGAAGCUCUCCCUCCAGUACUUGACCCCCCCCCCAACCCUCCCUCCUUUCACACUUUUCCCAUCAGACUCAAGGUUCUUUUAAUCAAACUCGCAGGUGACAUUUAAAGGGGGGGACGGGGACUAUUAGAUGUUAUUGUACUGUAGGGUGUGAAUGCCUGUGGUGGUGAUGCAUACAUACAGACACACUGAUUGGUGUAUAUGUUCCUUGUGUGUGUGUGUGUGUGUGUGUGGCUUGCUGUAUGUCUGCAGCUGUUACAAACAUUAGAAGCACUUUUCUGUGCGGCGUGGACGUGUGUUUUUGCCUUCAUAGUGCAAUAUGUGACUGCUUUUUUUGUGGGGGGGGGGGGAUUGCAGCGGCGUGCUGAUGAGUCGAGGAUCUUGUGUAUAUUUUCAUUAGUUCGAAUAGGUGCUGUGCUCAUGUGAUGAGGGGGGAAGAGUUAAGAGUUCUCUUUAAAAAACGUGAAAAAAGGCGACCGCAGGAUGCUGCUUUCAUCGGAAGGAAUUAGAGGCGUCGUCCCUGCAGUUGAUGACCUGCUGUGUUUAUUUUGUUGUUUGGGCAUUGAGACAAAUCAAAACGUAUCAGUGUCCCUCUAUUGCGCUCUUGAUUCGUGCUCAAGCAUCAGUGCUGAUUGACGUGCACCGAACCGACGUAGAUCCAUUUCCCUUCUUCUCUAAUUGUUUUAUUUUAUUUUAGAAAAGGAAGCGUUGCGUCGUGCACAGCUGUACAGACUCGCGAUGAGCGCAGUCGGAGCCAAUAGGAGGGACAAUUCCACAUGAGCUAUGAUUGUAAUGUCACCGAUUGUAAUUUAAAGGGUGGAGGUGUGUAGAACAUUUCUGAGACGCCAUCUCGUUGUUCCCCGUCGAGUCCAGAAUGUCGGGCCUUCGAAUAUCCAGAGCUUCUGUCCUUGUGUUAACAUUGCCGACACGUGGUUCUGUUCUGUGAAAGGAUUGCAGUAUGCAUAGAUCUCUAUAUGAAUAUAUACAUACAUACAUACAUGUAUAGAUGAAUAGACCUAUAUAAAUAAAUUUUACAAAUGCAGUUAAUCUGUGAAGUGGUUUUUGAAAGUGUGUUGUUGUCGUUGAGCUGAUUCAUUAAUCGUGAUUGUGUGUUUAAGUUAAAAUGAGUUCACAGAAGCCUUUUGGGUGGCGAAGCACUGUUCAAACCACGAGGACUGAAUCUCAGAGGUUUCACCAGAGGGACGAAAUCAUUCCUCCGCAUGUGACUUUGCAAAGCUGUAAAACAAACGAUACCGUUAAUACUGAUUCUUAAAACUAAAGAAUAAAGCAGAGCGUGUGAUGUGUGUCCUACUUGUCUCAUUAAGCGGCAUCAAUCACUCCUGCACCGAAAAAAAACUAAUGAAUGCUUCCUGCAAUGUUCCUGCACACAAAACCGUAACACAUUAAAUUGGCAGCAGAGUAACACACAGGAGAAAAUAACUCUAAACCGCUCAAUACCUGCAAUGGAAAUGUCAGGUGGAAUAAUGCAGGAGAAUAUGAGGUGCUGCAGGUUGUAGGAGAUGAGCUGUGAUGGAUUGUGGUAGUGUCACAAUCCAUCAGCAGAUGGCAACAAGGAGUCUCUCUUUGUAAAGAGAAACAAGUCCUUGUACAGUAUGAUGUCAAAAAAAGGUUUUAAAAGUUAUAGCAUAACUUAAA